AGACACAAUGUGGCACAACACGGGCGGGGUGGUCGGUUAAGUGUUGUGAUCCGUGCGGAACAAUACGAUUUCCCACUAGUGGUUUGAACGGUGUCCGAGGUGUGCGCAAGGACCGUGAGUGAGUGAAUUCGCGUGCCUCAAUUAAGGUCUUUAGCCGUGCAAAGUGAAAAAACGUAUGGAUCUUUGCAGCAAAAGUGCGUACAGUGAUCGAAGAAGUGCAAGAACACGAUCGAUGUGUUUACUUACGUUUUACGCGCGACGGUUACCAUAGUUACGGGCGAAAAGCUUCAAACAGUUAAAUCUCAGCUACCCGUAACUACGCCCCAGUAGGCGAGCGAAGAGAAGAGCAUUCUUUUUAAGUACCGUGUAAGUGGCCACUUUCGACACUCGUUGCCCGCAGUUGAGGCAGUUGAGCGGUGCAUACACUUCAAGAUCAAAAGUGCUUCGAGCCAGCCAGUGCAAACUGGCCAGUGAAGAAAAAGUGAACCAUAUCAAGGCCGGAAUAGGAUUGGAGCGGAGUUUCUUCGACUGUGCGCGUGUUUGUGUCAACUCGCUGAUUUCCUUGCCUAUCGAGAUCGACAUCAGCCGCUCAUUGUGAUCAUCAUGUGCAAAAUUUCGACCCGAUCCAGUUUGGCGGCAAUCGUGCUGACGGCAUCCAUUCUGGCCGAUCUUGCGUUUGCCACACCUUGGGGCAAUUAUUACGAGUACGGCGGACAUCCGACGGGACCCCAGGUAUAUCAGUACAACCAGCGCGUCGAGCAUCACCGAACGGUGCCGGACAGUGUGCCCGCAUCGUCCGGCACAAUUAACUGCCGCUGCACCAAGCUUCGCUACUGCACCAGAAUACUGGAAAUGCUGCGGAACCCCAAAUCGAGCUACGCUAGCUUUAACUCCAAACUGAAGGAACUGGCCUGCGGUUACGGCAUUGAUAAUGAGCCGAACAUUUGCUGCCCGCUGGACGAUAGCUGGCUGCGGGACGUCGGUACCGACGAUGAAGGCCAUUCGUCGGAAGAAAACGAUUCACAUUCUGCGAUCGGGUGGGAUGAAGGUUACACGAACCGAAAGUCGGACAAUGGGCAUCAGUGGUCGAAGGAACGGUUCAAGUACAUCCCCACGGCGGGUAAGGAUAGUAAGCGGAUAGGAAACACUAGGACGGCGACCACCUCUUCCACCUGGUGGAAGCAAAGGCCACAGAAAAGCAACACGAUCGCCCAGUUCGAGGAUCCCAAAACGAUGAAGAACUGUCCACCGGAGAUUUAUCCGAAUGAAGCGGAAGUAACGUUACGACCGACCAAGGCGUAUGUGGCACCCAUCAUGAGAACGACCAAGCGACCGACUGUGGUUCUCGGAAGUAAUCGUCUCGCUGAGACAACAACUGUUCCGAUCACAACCGAACAGCCGAUAACUACGACGGAACUGAUAACUACCGUGCUGCCCGAUCAACCGAUGAUUAAUGCACCGCUCUGUGGGCUUUCGGUUAACACGAGAAUCAUCGGUGGUGAAACGGAGGUACCGGGACAGUUCCCGUGGAUGGCUCGCUUAGCCUAUCGAAAUCGAACUUCUGGACGCGUAACGUACCGUUGCGCAGGAUCGCUCAUCACCAAUCGGCACGUGAUAACGGUGGCCCAUUGUGUCACGAAUCUUAUUGAUGAACUUCAGCUAGUCAGCAUACGAUUGGGUGAUUUGGAGUGUAAUGCUGUGACGGAUCCACGGUGCAGCGCCCGGUAUCAGGACUUUGCGAUCGAUCGGGUCAUUCCGCACGAGAGCUAUGAUAUGCCCAAGUAUGCCAACGAUAUCGCACUGAUCAAGUUGCGCGAAACGACAGAAACGUACAACAUCAUCAGUCCACUGUGCUUGCCGACGGAUCAGUAUGCACCGUACGCGCUUAAUCUUACCGGCCAGAUGGGAAUCAUUGCUGGCUGGGGUUCUACCAGUAAUCGAAGCAACACACCGAGUCCCACUCUCCAGUGGCUACGGUUGCCCAUAGUGGACACGGCUGGCUGUGCCACCGCAUACGCACGGUACAGCGUCAACUCGCGCAAUCCCAUCAUCGUGUCCGAGAAUCAGAUGUGUGCCCAGGGUCAGGAAAAUCGAGACGCUUGCCAAGGCGAUUCCGGAGGACCGCUGAUGAAUGAGGCCAUAUCAACCCGCGACCGGUUCGUGCUGCUCGGGCUCGUCUCGUUCGGACCGCGCACGUGCGGUGUGUCAAACUUUCCGGGCGUGUAUACGCGCAUUUCGUCGUACAUUGAUUGGAUAUUGACCAACGUUAUGCGUUAUUGCCAGCUAAUGCGAAAAUCGCAGACAUGCAUUGGCUCGGCUCGUGCGUACUCUGUCGCCCUGCAGCACCUGCAUCUAAUGCGCCAUCUCUAUUGCUCGCCCGUGCGCGUGUGUGCGGCGAUUGAUCUUGAAAGCAAGACGCCUCGCAAACAACCAGCGCGGACGCGACGCACUAUUAGCCCGGGUUCCGCGUCAUGGCGCACGAUUAGUCAUUCGAAGCAUUCCGUACGAAUCGGACACCUUGCAGCGAACAUGAUGAGCGCUUUCGGUCGCUGCCCAGAAGUGGUUCCGUUUUUGCUGCUAGCUGUUCUAAGCCUCACUGCUGCCCAACAAUGCACCCUGCCGGAUAAUAGGCCCGGCCAAUGCAUACUACUGCGCAACUGUAACAGCCUGCUGACGCUGAUCAAGAAAAAGCCUCUGCUGGACGAGGAUCGGACGUACCUGCAGCGGACACAGUGUGGAUGGUCAACGGCGGAAAGACAUCCGCUGGUGUGCUGUGCCGACAGCGAUCUCGUAGCACCGGUGCGUGUAGGUGCCGGACUCCUGCCAACACCGGGCCAGUGUGGCAUACAGACGAGUGACCGCAUCUUUGGCGGUGUAAACACACGCAUCGACGAGUUCCCGUGGAUAGCGCUGCUGAAGUAUGCAAAACCAAACAACGUUUUCGGGUUUCACUGUGGCGGUGUGCUGAUUAACGAUCGCUACGUCCUUACCGCUUCGCACUGCGUCAACGGCAAAGACAUCCCAACGACCUGGAAUCUUGCCGAAGUGCGACUCGGUGAAUGGGACACCUCGACCGCUCAGGACUGUGAAGGAUUGGGCGAAGAUGUGGACUGUUCCCCACCGCCCAUAGACGUACCGAUCGAGAGUAAGAUACCGCACCCGGAAUAUGUGCCAACGUCGACCGAACAGUACAACGACAUCGCCCUGCUACGGUUAUCAUCUACCGUGCCCUACUCUGACUUCAUCAAACCCAUCUGCCUACCGACGCAGGCCGAACUGAAGGCACGGGAUUACGUUGGCUUCCGGAUGCAGGUCGCUGGCUGGGGACGUACCGCAACGGCACGAUACAGCAAUGUGAAGCAGAAGGUGGCGGUCGACGGUGUUUCGCUGGACUCGUGCAAUCAGGUGUACCAGCGCGAACAGGUGCUGCUGCGCCAGUCUCAGCUGUGUGCCGGUGGUGAGGCGGGCAAGGAUUCUUGCCAGGGUGAUUCCGGUGGUCCACUGACGGGCAUUCAUACGGCGGGUGGUGUGCAGUACUGGUACCUGAUUGGGUUGGUAUCGUUCGGGCCGACACCGUGCGGACAGGCCGGAUGGCCUGGAGUUUACACCAAGGUUGACCAGUACGUAGACUGGGUUACUGCCACGAUUGUUGCUUAACGCAAGCGUGAGGGCGCAUUGGUGGGUAUUUUAAUGGUUUAAUAAAGUGACAUUUACAUAAGUGCAUACGAACAAAAGCGAA